AUGACUAUUGUCAUGUACAUAUUCUUCGCCAAGGGUGGCUGUGCAAUGAACCAGGCUGCCAUUACCAUCAACCUUAUUUUCUGGCUCGUCACUUCGUUCAUCUCCGUCAAUCCGACAGUACAGGAGUAUAACCCCAAGGCUGGUCUCGCUCAAGCAGCGAUGGUGGCAGUGUACUGCACAUAUCUGACCAUGUCCGCUGUGUCUAUGGAACCCGAUGAUAGACAAUGCAACCCUCUGAUCCGGGCCCAGGGAACCCGGACAACAUCGAUCGUCAUAGGCGCAAUCGUUACGAUGCUUACCGUUGCUUAUACUACUACGCGCGCUGCCACUCAGAGUCUUGGCAUGGGGUCCAAUGGCGCUAUCCGGCUUCCCGAGGAUGAUGAGCACGAUCUCGUUACCCAGCAGCCUGGCGCUCGCGCCGAGAUGCGUGCCGAGGCCCUGCGUCGCGCAGGUUGA